AUGAAGAAGUUCUUCUCCAAACUUACAGAUUCGGAUCUCUUCCCCGGCCAGUCUCACUCUUCUCACCCUCCGCCUCAGGAAUCCCACCAGCCAUCCACACUUCAAGCUCCUACACCUACGGAUGUCUUUCGGUACAGAUACCACCACGGUGUCAACCUCGGCAGCGCUUUUGUGCUUGAGAGAUGGCUUACUGGGUCCAUGUUUCCCGGCUCUGCCAAAGGCGGUAGUGAACUCGACGCUGUCACCGCGUCAAUUAAGGAACAUGGAGUAGAGGAGACGAGAAGGAAGUGGGAAGAGCAUUGGAGGGGUUUUGUGAAUGAGGGGGAUUGGGAGUUCCUGGUCAAAGAAGGGAGGGGUACCAGUAUUAGAUUGCCUGUUGGGUGGUGGAUGAUGGGAGAUUUGAGAGAGAUGUGUAAAGGCAGCGAGUGGGAGGGGUUGGAGAGUGUUUAUUCGGGUGCUUGGACGGCAGCCAAAGCUCUCAUAGCCCAAGCUCGACACCACGGCAUUGGUAUCCUCAUUGACUUGCACGGCCUCCCCGGCGGUGCAAACGGCGAGGAGCAUUCCGGCACCAGCAAGGGAAAAGCCUCGCUCUGGGGCCAUAAGAAGCAUCUAUCACGGGCACUAGACGCUCUACGCUUUAUUGCAAUUGAAAUCCGGGGCCUAGAUAACGUGGUCGGGAUCCAGAUCUUGAACGAAGCAUGCCAUAACCCGCACGGCAUGCACGAGUUCUAUGAGCAUGCUAUCAACACCAUUGCUGAAGUGGACCAGAACAUCCCGGUUUAUGUUAGUGAUGCGUGGAAUCUCGGUGACGCUUUGAAUUGGGUCACGGGAAGGAAUCUGUGGUCUGGUCAUGGGAAGCCUACGAAUCCGAUUGUGAUUGAUACGCAUCGGUACUAUACCUUCAGCGAUGAAGAUAGGAGCAAGAGCCCACAGGAGAUUAUCGGGACUAUUGGUGGUGAAUUGGGGGAGUUGGAUGGGAAGGCGGGGAGUCUGUCAGAUAGAGGGGAAGCCCAAGUCAUUGUUGGGGAAUGGAGCUGUGUCCUAGACGGGCAAACAUGGUCGCGGGUCCAACCCGAAGAAAAAGACCACCUCGUCACGCAAUUCGGCCAUGCCCAAAGCCAGAAAUGGGCGCAGAAAGCAGGUGGAUCAUAUUUCUGGACGUGGAAAAUGGACUGGAUGGAUGGCGGGGAAUGGGGCUUCGUAGAGCAGACCAAAAAGGGAAACAUCUACAUUCCUGGCCACUUAACUCUUCCAGCCCACGAAAUCCCCGCCCGUGCAAGCCAUGCGCAGAAUAGCAGAGCAGAACUCGGCGCCGCUGCGAAAGGAAAUCAUGAGGGGUACUGGAACCAGACGUCUCCCGGCCAGUAUUUUGAGCAUUGGCUUUAUGGUGGAGGGUGGGAAAUCGGCUUUUCAGAUGCUAUGGCGUUCUUUACUAUGAGGAGUCAGGGGGCGUUAGGGGAGAGUGUUAGAGGGGAGGGAGGGGAUAAGAUUGGCUGCUUGGAGAUCUGGGUUAAGAAGAGGUUUUUGGAGUCUGGAAGGAGGGGCCCGUUGAAGUGGGAGUGGGAACAGGGGUUCAGAGCUGGUGUUGCAGCUUUUGAGGGGGCAGUGGGGAUUUGA